ACUCUUCCAGCCUCCUCUGCUUCUCUACAACCCCGAUUCCAUCAUUUCUUCAAAUCAUGGAUACUGAAUUUGUUGACAUCAGAAGUCCGCUGUCCAGGACGAUGUCUGGAGAACUCCCACCAAACAUUAACAUCAGAGAGCCCCGAUGGGAUCAAAGCACUUUUGUUGGACGAGCCAAUCAUUUCUUCACUGUGACUGACCCCAGGAAUAUUCUCUUAACCAAUGAGCAGCUAGAGGAUGCAAGAAAAGUGGUGCAUGAUUACAGACAGGGAAUCGUUCCUUCGGGCCUUACAGAAAAUGAAUUGUGGAGAGCGAAGUACAUCUACGAUUCAGCUUUUCAUCCCGACACCGGAGAGAAGAUGAUUUUGAUUGGAAGGAUGUCAGCCCAGGUCCCGAUGAACAUGACCAUCACAGGCUGCAUGAUGACCUUUUACAGGACCACGCCGGCCGUGCUGUUCUGGCAGUGGAUUAACCAGUCCUUCAACGCCGUGGUCAACUACACCAACAGGAGCGGAGACGCGCCCCUCACUGUAAACGAACUGGGGACAGCGUACGUCUCUGCCACCACAGGUGCAGUGGCAACGGCUCUAGGACUCAACGCGCUAACCAAGCACGUCUCUCCGCUCAUAGGACGUUUUGUUCCCUUCGCUGCGGUAGCUGCUGCUAAUUGCAUUAAUAUUCCGUUAAUGAGGCAAAGACGAGGAAAACAGAAAACUGAGGCUAAGCGAGUGGAUCUUUCUUUCCUUCCAGCCAUCCCGCCGUUUAUCAUGAACACUUUGGAAAAGAAAGCCUUUCUCAAGAGGUUCCCGUGGAUGAGCGCCCCCAUCCAGGUUGGACUGGUUGGCUUCUGUUUGGUAUUUGCUACGCCUCUGUGCUGCGCUCUGUUUCCUCAGAAAAGUUCCAUGUCCGUGACAAGCCUGGAGGAGGAGCUGCGAGCCAAGAUACGAGAGACCCGUCCUGACUUACAGCGCGUGUACUUUAACAAGGGAUUGUGAAGCAGGGGCAGAAACGCCUUCAGCCGGUGCCGCCAACCACAAGCCCGGUGUAGCCGAGCUGGCGAGGAAUACCAGCCCGGGUCCUCCCAGUGACACAAACCUUUGAAAGCUCCACGUUAGCCUUUUAGAGUCAAGCUGCUGUGUACAGCGCAGCACCUGGUGUGGGCCGGGUGCCCCCACCUGUUGGCCCCCUUCCAUUUGAAUCACGGUCUGAUUUACAGAGGCACCCUUCCUGCAGCUUUUUCCAAGGCCACUGUCCCAGCCCUCCCCCGGAGUUUUCGAAAGCCCCGCUAGGCAUACAGUAGACGUUCACUAGCUGCUCCACAAAUAACUUGAUUAUCAGUCGGCGGAAAGGACAUCUGUUUGAAACAUUGAACUGUUAUUCCCACUUUUGUUUCCAAUCAAAGCGGUCUCAGUAGUGAGUUGGGGAAACGCAAAAGCUCUGAGGCCAAACUGUGAAAAAUGACUUGUACAUGUUCAGGGCAGCUGGCCCCCAGUCUGAGCAGGAAGCAUCGCAAAGUAGAUGAUGGGUUUCUUGGAUUCACAGACAAAAGCUCCUUCAGAUCAGAUACCUCCUGAAAGUCAUAGGAACAGGCAGUCGCGAGGCGAGGUCCCCGCUGUCAGCAGCUGUGUGCUUUCGAAUUGCUGGUGGGAUUUCUUUGCCUGACUUUUAAAUGUAUCCUGUUUCACAUUCCUGCGAAGGUGUUAAUCUUCCCUUUACCUGUUGGCUUUAUAUUGAGUGAUUUAAGCCAACGAGUCAACUAACUGAAAUGUUAGUUGGAAAGGCAAAUUUUGGAAGUCUUUCCAAAACUAGUGCAGUAUGACUAAUUUGAAUCUGGUUUGUUUGCUCUUGUCUUGUUUUGUUUUGUUUUGUCUGUUUCGUUGUGUAGAAGCUGGUGCGCAGUUCGUUCACCUACAGGUCUUUCUGUGACAUCGUAGCUCUGUUUGGCUUUCAGAAAGAUACAGACACAGUGUGUGCGUGUGAAUCCGUGACUAAGUGACAUUUACUUGAAUGUUGUAUAUUACAUUCCACCCCUUGUGAGAAUAACCAACGCCCGGACCACUGUUUUCAUCACCCAGGUUAGCUUCACAAAUAAUACAUUUAACGAAACAGAGAUGAUGUUUCAGUUCUGUCGAGGUUCAAAGGCAUAAGCAGAAUAGUUAUUUUAUCAAGUGUAGACCACUCGAUUAAACUUGUAAUUCAGAGACUUAAUAAGUGAAAAAACAAAAAUGUAGAAACUAAUCUUGGCAGAUUUUUUCCUGACAGUGUGACCAGCCUGAAUUUCCUCACAAAGCGAGAAUGGUGUGCCUCAUGUCUGUGUUUCUGUUUUGUCUAAAAGGAUUAAUGGACCCAAAGCUUUGGGCCACUCUGAGCCUUUCUUUAUGCUGCCAGAAUUUCCUCGUUGAGAGUUUCUCUAUUAAACCAUCCCGUGACAUUCCGGCCUUGGAUGUAUUUUGUUGCUAUAGAGGCGUCUCUUUAAAAAUUGAUAAAAGCCGGAAAUUCCAGGCACACCUCCACAAGGUGCUUCAAGGGCACUUCUAACAAGAAACUAAAGCCCGUGAGGCCUGCCCUGCUCACCCCAGCUAAUCUCAGAAUCCCUCUCCCCUGUCCACUGGUGGCCCCAUCUCAGAAUCUUAACCUUCAUUGAAAAAUUUAUGACCAGUUGGAAGAUUGACAAAAUAACCGAUAUUUGAAUACACACCAGGAGGACAGGACCAAAGCAUCAUGACACAAGGGAUGACAAGCCUGGAAGUGUGUCUUUUUAAACACUAUUUACUGAAGUUUCCGACUCCUGAUGCUUUUAUAGAGAAAUACGAACUGUAGCGUCGAAUUGUGGUUUAUAAAAAGGAACAAAUUGAGCCAAGAUUGGCAGUCUUCGCUGAUCUCUUUGAAAUAAAUAACCUUUUUUUGGAGGAAAGUUCACGUGAGGUGCAAUCCGCUGGUAACCGCAAAUAGUUAAUUAACAUUGCUAUGAACACGACAUUAAGAAUUAACGACUGUAAGUGUUAACUGACUGGCAGUUUUGAUUUCAGUAUUAGCACCGUGUCUUGCCAGAGUUGGAGUCAAUGUAUUAUUUCAGUUCGACUGGAUGAAAUGUUAAAUAAACUCGGAAUGAAAAUAAA